AUGACUAUCAAAAUUCAGGUGAAGUCUGGCCAGAACCGGUGGGAAGUGAGCGUGGAGGCGUCGGGCAGCGUCGGCGAGUUGAAACAGGAGAUAGCUAAGGUAUCAGAGAUUCCAGCGGAGAACCAGCGGCUGAUCUACUCAGGGAAGAUAUUGAAGGACGAUCAGACAGUGGAGUCAUAUAAAAUCGCAGACGGGCACGCGAUACAUCUGGUCAAAUCAGGGGGGGCGAAGGCGGCGCCCGCCGCGAGCGCGGCGGGCGGCGAAAGCACGGGCGCAGCGGCCGGGGCCGGCGCGGUUCCCAGCAGCAUAUCGGCUGGACAGAGCGGGGGGUUUAACCCGCUGGCAGACCUGACCGGCGCGCGGUACGCAGGUUACACGAACCUUCCGUCGACAGAUAUGUUCGGCCCUGAUGGCGGGCUGAAUAGUGCUGUGGGGCAGGAAGAGAUCAUCGGCAUGCUGGAGAACCCAAUUUUCCAGUCUCAGAUGAACGAAAUGCUCAACAACCCGCAGAUGAUCGACUUCUUGAUACAGCAGCACCCGCACCUGCAGGCAAUGGGCCCGGCGGCGCGCGAAAUGCUCCAGAGCCCCUUUUUCCGCCAGAUGCUCACCAACCCCGACAUCAUUCGCCAGAUGUCUCGCCUGCAGAUGGGCAUGGGCGGUGCGGGCGCCGAGCAGGGCACCGACUUUCCAGCCCCCGGCUCCGCCGCCACACCCGACGCCGCCGCCCCUGCGCCGAACCCGUUGGCUGCCAUCCUAGGCUUGCAGCCCGGCGCUGCUAACCCGCUGGGCGCUGCGCCCGCAGACCGCGGCCUUGCAAUGCCCCCUCUAGACCCGGCUAUGCUCUCCUCCCUCUUCGGCGCUGGCGCUGCCAGCCCUGCGCCCGCCGAUAACAGGCCUCCCGAGGAGCGCUACGAGCAACAGCUCCGCCAGCUGAAUGAUAUGGGCUUCUUCGACUUUGAUAGAAACGUCGCGGCCUUGAGGCGCGCCGGAGGUUCCGUCCAGGGCGCCCUUGAUGCCUUGCUAAACGGCGACGUUUAG